GCCGAAUUCUGUUACUGAGCGCACGCGCUGUCUCGAGCCCGCCUCCUCUCUUCUCACGUGACCCCUCCUCUCCUCUCCCUCUCGGCUCCAUAUUGAAUUUGAAACUGAAGGAAACGAGCCUGGUCACAAAAUGGAGGUAUCCAGGCCUGAAGCAUGUAAAAGCAACUAGAAGAAAGGGAGAACCUGGCUGCCUCCAUUAGUAACUUCUACUGCAUAAGAGGCAGAGAGGAAACUCCAGACGGUAGCAUAACAGGUUAAAAGGAGCAACUGAGUUAGUGCAUCCUUCGAAAAUGUCUGGGAUCAAAGAGGAGAGAGAUAUUGAAGACUACAAGAGGAAAGGAAGAAGAUCUUCACAGGGCCAUGACCCAAAGGAGCCAGAACAGUUGAGAAAAUUGUUCAUUGGAGGCCUGAGCUUUGAAACAACAGAUGAUAGCUUAAGAGAACAUUUUGAAAAAUGGGGCACACUCACGGACUGUGUGGUGAUGAGAGACCCACAAACAAAACGUUCCAGAGGCUUUGGCUUUGUGACUUACUCUUGUGUGGAAGAGGUAGAUGCUGCAAUGAGUGCUCGACCACAUAAGGUUGAUGGGCGUGUGGUCGAGCCCAAGAGAGCAGUUUCUAGAGAAGAUUCUGUAAAGCCUGGAGCACACUUAACAGUAAAGAAAAUAUUUGUUGGUGGAAUUAAAGAAGAUACAGAAGAGUAUAAUUUAAGAGACUACUUUGAAAAAUAUGGCAAGAUUGAAACCAUAGAAGUAAUGGAAGACAGGCAGAGUGGAAAGAAAAGAGGAUUUGCUUUUGUAACUUUUGAUGAUCAUGAUACAGUUGAUAAAAUUGUUGUUCAGAAAUAUCAUACUAUAAAUGGACAUAAUUGUGAAGUGAAAAAAGCACUUUCCAAGCAAGAGAUGCAGACUGCUAGCUCACAGAGAGGUCGCGGGGGUGGCUCAGGCAACUUCAUGGGUCGUGGAAGUUUUGGAGGAGGAGGAGGUGGUGGUGGUGGUGGAAAUUUCAGCCGAGGAGGAAACUUUGGUGGCAGAGGAGGCUAUGGUGGCGGCGGCAGCGGUGGUGGUGGUGGGAGAAGUGGAAGUUUUGGGAGUGGUGAUGGAUAUAAUGGAUUUGGCGAUGGUGGGAACUAUGGAGGUGGCCCUGGUUACAGUAGUAGAGGGGGUUAUGGUGGUGGUGGUGGUGGAGGACCAGGAUACGGAAACCCAGGUGGUGGAUAUGGUGGCGGUGGUGGUGGAGGAGGAGGAGGAGGUGGAUACGAUGGUUACAACGAAGGAGGAAAUUUUGGUGGCGGUAACUAUGGUGGCAGUGGAAACUAUAACGAUUUUGGCAAUUAUAGUGGACAACAGCAGUCAAACUAUGGACCCAUGAAAGGAGGUGGCAGUUUUGGUGGCAGAAGCUCAGGCAGUCCCUAUGGUGGUGGUUAUGGAUCUGGAGGUGGCAGUGGUGGCUAUGGUGGCAGAAGAUUCUAAACUGAACCAGAAAAAGGGCUACAGUUCUUAGCAGGAGAGAGAGAGCGAGGAGUUGUCAGGAAAGCUGCAGGUUACUUUGAGACAGUCGUCCCAAAUGCAUUAGAGGAACUGUAAAAUCUGCCACAGAAGGAACGAUGAUCCAUAGUCAGAAAAGUUACUGCAGCUUAAACAGAAAACCCUUCUUGUUCAGGACUGCCAUAGCCACAGUUUGCAAAAAGUGCAGCUAUUGAUUAAUGCAAUGUAGUGUCAAUUAGAUGUACAUUCCUGAGGUCUUCUAUCUGUUGUAGCUUUGUCUUUUUUUUUUUUUCCUCUCAUUACAUCAGGUAUAUUGCCCUGUAAAUCGUGGUAGUGGUACCAGGAAUAAAAAACAAUUAAGGAAUUUUUAACUUUUCAAUAUUUGUGUAGUUCAGUUUUUCCACAUUUAGUUCAGACUUUAACAAAAAUAAAGAAAUGUAGUUUAGGGUGUUUCUUGUUAAUGGAGAAGAUUGAUGCAUUUCUCAAUUACCAUUUUGUGUUAACUUUAACUGUAGAAACACCUGCUGAUUUGUAGUCUUAAGGGGUCUAGUCUCAAUGCAUAUAUGUAACUCCCAUUGACAUGAGUUAUAUAUAUACAAAUAGAACAUAUGUUGCAUUAUAGUUUUGUUUAGAUGUAUUAUUAGGAUUGAGUUAUUUAAACUAGUGUUUGUGAAUGAUAGAAUUAAGCUUACUUUCAAAUGAAAAUUUCAAAUUACUUUUUGGUUUGUGCAUAUUUUUUAAUUUGUAGUUCUGUAUUACUUAGUGCUGGCUCUGCAAGAAAAUAAGGCAUGAUAAAUAUUUUAACAAGACUCUCUUUAGCUACAUUAAAACUGCCUCCAGUCUCAUUGAGAUAUGUAGGGGAUACCUGCAGUCUCUUGUUCAAGUUCUGGGUGAAGAGGAGAUGGACUUGCGUUUACCUUUUUCAAAUUCUUGUAAAGCUCAAAAGGGUGAAACUCAAGUGCCUAUUACCUUAGGGUAUGAAGUUAGAUAUUUUUUGGAUGAAAUUGUGCUUUGAAGAGAGCAGCCAUGAUGUCUUUCUCUUGAAUUAACUAUUUCAUUUGAACGUGCUGUUGUAGUGAGAGAAUAGGUAUAUGUUGUAAAACAAUUUAAUGGCUAUAUGCUUCCUUGUACACACCCUAGGCAUUUUUUCUGGACACAUCCUUCUGACUUGGAACAAAGAGUAGCACAGGUAUAAUCCCUGACAGUCUCAGGUAAUUCAUUAAAAAGCCUCAUGAUGAUGGGCAAACUGUCAUAGUUCAAGUAUUUUACUUCUGAAGAUAUGGGUUCAAGUAAGGGAUUUAGAGUUAUUUAAAAAUAAACUUGGUCAUAUUUUAGUGGCAGGAAAUCUUUUUAGUUCCAUUGUUUGGGUUAGAUUUGAUACCAGUGUCAGUUUGCUUAAGAGACGCCCAUAAUCAAUUCAGAUAUGAUACACUGGAUGGUGGUGGUGUAUCAAAGUGGAAUACAAGCAGAAUAACUGGGUAGGUGACAGUAAUGCUGAAAAGGAUCUGGGGGUUAUAGUGGAUCACAAAUGAGUCAACAAUGAUGCAUUUGCAAAAAGGGCUAAUACUCUGGGGUGUAUUAACAGGAGUGUCUCCAUGUAGGACAUUGUGGGUGGGGGAGAUGGUGUUAAUUGUCCCUCUUUGCUUGGCACUGGUAAGCUUCAGCUAGAUCAUUUUUCUAGUUCUGGGUGCCACACUUAAAGAUGUGAAUAAAUUGGAGAGUUAAGAGGAGAGCAACAAAUAAAAGGCUUAGAAAACCUGACAUGAGGAAAGGCUAAAAAAACUGGGCAUGUUUAGUCUUGGGAAAAGAACAUGGAGGGGGGGACCUAAUAAGUCUUCAGCAAUGUUAAGGGUUUUUACAAAAAGGAUGGUAAUCAAUUGUUCUCAAUAUGUACUGAAGGUAGGACAAGCAGUAAUGGGUUUAAUCUGCAGCAAGAGAGAUUUAGGUUGGAUAUUAGGAAAUCCUGUUUAACAAUAACAAUAGUUGAGUUCUGGAAUAGGUUUCCAAAAGAGGCUCUGGAAAAUCCUUUUAAGAAAGAGGUUGGACCAAAAAACCUAUCAAGGUUUACUUGGUCCUACCUCAGCACAGAGGGAUGAAAUUGAUGACCCCUUUCCUCAACUUGAUUUGACUUUUCUCUCAACUCUUGCCAGAGCAGUGCUUUCUGUCAUACAGGCCCAGAAGAGUAGGGAUACAGUCAGUAGAAGAAAAACCCCAGACAUUUGACAGUAUGUGAUGCUCAAAUUGUUCUCACCUGUUUCACCUCUGAGUCAAUGUGCAGUAUAAGGUAAAUGCAAUUCCAGCACAGGAAUCCAUCUUCAAAGAUGUUAUGAAAUGGCUUAAGUUACGAACAGUCAAACUACAAUAAGUUACUAUUUAAGAGGCUGUAGAAGAAAUAAAAAUCAAUAAAAUCAUUUAGCCAUGUUGCCAAACAUUGUUAUGGGAGUGUGUUCAAAUUUCAGAAUACUAAAGAAACAAGGAACACUGUCAAGGUUGGUAGGCACCAAACUGGAUUUUUUUCUCAUCUGCUCAGGUUUUUCCUGUGGGAAUGUUCUAAAAUGAUUUUUUAUCUCUAGUUUU